AGCUUGGUGGGAGAAGUGCUGGCAUUUGUGCUGACAGGAAGCCCCUGGUGGUACCGAGGAGGGGUCUGUGCUGGAGGAGCCCGAGGAAGCUGCACAGAAAGGGGGAGGCUCCCAGAGCUGAGCAGAUUUCCCAGCACUUUGCCCCGGGGAGAAAGCCUCGCCAUCCUGAGUCCCCGCGGGAUCUGGGCCCAAGAGGAUGUAGCUGCUGGGAAGAAGCUGAGCCGGGAGUGGGCAAGGGGGCUUCUCUUCCCGGGUCUGCCUGCACAUGAACAGCCCGCCCGCCCCCAGCAGCCUGCGUGAGCCUCCACGAUGGCUUCCAACGUUUCACCGCCCAGAGCGUCCCCACGGCCCGAGCCGCCUUCCCAGGCAGCCUUAUAACCCCUGCUGGGCUCCCCUCUGUGAGCAGCUCCCCCCUUUCAGCCUCAGAGUCCCCCAGACUCACAAGGGCUUAUUCUCCCUUUGGUGCCCUGCAGAUCCAUGGGGCCCCGGCCAGGGUCAGCCCCUCCCUGGGACGCUGGGCUCUCCUGCCCCUCAGCUCACAGGGCACCAGGUGCCGAGGGAUGCAUCAUCACUGUUCCCCAAGGAAGAUGGAAGAACUGAGGACCCGGACAGUGGAGGAGCUGGAGAAGUUGCAGGAUGACCCAGAAGAGAUCAACCGCCUGGUCAUGGAGUCCUCCGAGGUCCAGGAGCUGCAGCUGGAGCGGGAGAUGGCGCUCGCCACCAACCGGAGCUUGGCCGAGCGCAACCUCGAGUUCCAGGCGCCCCUGGAGAUCAGCCGCUCCAACCUCCUGGACAAGUACCAGGAGCUGCAGAAGCUGGUGGAGAAGUGCCAGGAGCAGAAGGCCCGGCUGGAGAAAUUCUCCUCAGCGUUGCAGCCGGGAACCUUGCUGGACCUUCUGCAGGUGGAAGGCAUGAAAAUCGAAGAAGAGUCGGAGGCCAUGGCUGAGAAGUUCUUGGAGGGGGAGGUGCCCUUGGAUACAUUUCUCGAGAGCUUCGCCUCCAUGAGGAUGUUGUCCCAUUUGCGCCGAGUUCGAGUGGAGAAGCUUCAGGAGUUGGUGCGGAAGCCCAGGGCCUCCAAAGAGCCAGCCAGGCCCGUGGUCCCACCUCGGCCGGUCAUCGAGACGACCACUGCUGUGGCAGAGGCCCCCCCCACCCCCCCCGCCGCCCCUGCGCCCCCUGCGGUGGGCCCCCCCUACCCCCUCCCCUACAGCCCCGCCCCUAACCUGGGUGUGGGCCCCCUGGCCCAAGGAGCUCUGCCUCCGAGCCCUUUCCCCGUCACCACCCAGCCCUCCUACCCUUACCGGGGCCCUUCCGCCUAUGCACCAGCGCAGCCCGCAGGGGCCGCCCCGGGGCGCCCGUGGUCCCCUCACUCCUCCCCCGGACCGGGGGCGUAUCCCAUGGCCCGAGGCCCGGCUCCCAACCCAGGCUACCCGCAGCAGGCCUAUUUCCCGGCAGGAGGAAGGCCCCCUUACCCGACUCAGGCCCCUGCCUACCCAAGCCAGCCCCAGAUGCCGAAUUUUCCGAGGCAGCCCCGACCCUCGGGGCCUCCUCAGCCCCCAUACCCAACAGGCCCCGCGCUCCCCUAUGGGUUUUCCACACCGCAGGGGCCCGUCUGGCCUGGGUACUAGACAGGAUCCUCGCCCGCGGCCUCCCCCCCCCCCCCACCUGGGCCCCAGGCCGUGUCCUCCGGGGCCGCCCCCCAUUUGGGUGAAAGAGCUCUUGGCCCUGAGCGUGGACUUUGGAAGGAGGCGCCCGAUAAACCAGGGACCGUGUCUAUGAUGGCAGAGGGUCUUUUCAGAGCCGUGACCCGCCCGACACACUAAGGGAUCCAUCACCGGCGGCCUGUGGGCAGCAGUGAGCCACGGCACGAACUCCCACUGCACCGACGGCCUCACGGUCACCACCCAGCCCGGUGCUAGCCAAAUGGGGGGGAGGGGGGCGGGGAUGUGAAAUCAAAACACGCGUUGUCACGGCCCCUCCCCCCCAGCGGGAUUCCCUGUUAACACCGUCCCCGGUGGACAUGUUUACACUGGCCAGUGGGAAGUAGCGUCCAUCGGAGCUGAGAGAGCGUGUCCUGGGCUUCCCUACGGGCUUAGGUUAUGUUCAGGCCACUUAAUAUUUUCCCAAAUCUUUUACUUAUAUAAUAUAUGCUAAAAUACUAAUAGGCAGAAGUCAAAUAAGCUUGCACCAUUUGAUGGCUCCAGAGGCUGUGGGGAAAGCGGAGCGGGCAGUGGGUCCCACCCCUCUUUAAACCUGGGGGUCCCGAGAACUGGGGCGGCGGCCGGGCCCUCCAGCGGAACAAGCAGCCGCAGCAGAAGUUGGGGGCUCCCAUGGAGGGUGCCCCGGGAAGAGUCGCCCUCCUUCCCCCGGGGAGCUCCGUGGCCACCGCGGUCCCUCAGAGCCCCCACUUUAACUCUUCAGUGCCUUUGAUCUUGGCAGCCUCUUUCAAGUCCCCCUCAUGCCCUUCUCCCCGUUCUGAAAGUCACCCCCAAACGGUGCUUUCCAAACACUAAAAUAUUGCAUCUCUCUCGCGCGUCGUCCAUUUGUCCUUGGGCGGAAGCCGAAGGCCGGGGCGCCCUCGUUUCGUGUUCUCGGCGGCCCCCGCUAGCUCGGGGGUGUCCGACAGCUGUGACGAGGGUGCAAGAGCUGACCCUCGAGAGGUUGGACGGAGGAGCGGUGACGCGGUUCCUUCCGCAGUCACUUCGGUUACUGGGCCAGAGCCCGGAGCUGCUAUCAACCCGAAAGUCGAAUGUACCUUGGACUGUCCGAGGCCGAGCGGCUGAGCCCGGUAGGGCUUGAAUGGCGAGGGAGACGGAGGGUGGGUGACGCCACAUUGUUUUCUCAACAUUUUGCCAAAUUCUGCUUGCUUUCGCAUAAAUUAUUUAUAAAGAGAAA